UUCAGUUAAAUGAUAGACAGCAAAGGCUACACAGCUCAGUGAUGGGGGAAAAUCCUAAAAUUGUGGUACUAGGUGCGGGGCUUGCUGGAAUAGGAGCAGCCACUAAACUGCUAAGUCUGGGAUUCAAAGAUGUCACAAUAAUUGAGGCAUCUGGAGUAGCUGGAGGGAGAAUAGCUAAGGCGUGUCUUGGCACGUCCUGGGUGGAUACAGGAGCUCAGUGGAUCCACGGAGCCUCGGAGGCGAACCCAGUGUACUCCCUGCUGCAGCAGCAGGGCCUGCUGGAGGAUGUAGUGACUGAGGAGGGCACUGAGCUCGUGUUCCACAGCAAGGGCCACAGACUCAGCGAGUACCUGGCCAGCCAUGUGUACGAGGCUGGGGAAGGCAUCAUGAGACAACAGCACCGGGGGAACCCUGGGAAGAACAUCGGUGACUACUACGCUGAGAAAUCUCUCGGUCUAGCCAACAACUUGAGGAGCAGUGGAGAGGCUAAACAAGAAGAUAUACUAAAUAUUCUGUCUCUGGUGGGUAAGAGCCUUCUGAUAGACAUUGGUGCGCCUGCCCUCAACAGUGUGUCACUUGACUCUUGGCAGUACUACACCAACAUGGGUGAGGACCUCAACAUUGAGGGGAAAAUGUUUCUCUUGACUGAAAAACUGUUGGGAGACUUCCCUAAGGAAAGGCUGCUCUUGCGUAAAGCUGUGCUGAAGAUUAACUGGGAUGGCUGUUUCAGUGGAGAUGAGAGUCGCAUCUACCCUGUCUGCAUUGAGUGUGAAAAUGGGGACAAGUUUCUUUGUGAUCAUGUUGUGAUUACCGUCUCACUUGGCUGCUUGAAAGCUGCACCACCAACCAUGUUUGACCCUCUGCUCCCAGAGGACAAGAGGGAGACCAUAGAGAAGCUUGGCUUUGGCUGCAUCAACAAGAUCUUCCUGCAGUAUGAGGAGGCUUUCUGGGAAAGGGAUGUGGAGAGCAUCAGCCUACUGUGGGAGAAUGAGACCCCAGCUUCCUUAUCCACAGAUGCCACCCAGUGGCAGAGAAAUAUACAGCUUUUCACCGUCAUGAGACCAAGGGAGAAGUUUGGUCAUGUUUUGAUUGGCUGGUGCUCGGGAAAUGUUGCACGGCACAUUGAAACUCUGACAGAGGCUCAACUCUCUGCAGCCAUCACCUGUAACUUCAGGAUGUUCAUGAGUAACCCUUGCAUUCCCUGUCCUAAGAGGGUUUUACGCACACAAUGGCAUAGUGAGGCAUUCAUUAGGGGUGCAUACACUUAUAUCCCAGCUGGCGUGGAUGCUGUGAUCAUGGACAAGUUGGCUCAUCCCUUAUCAAGCCGGAAAAGCCCCACAGAGGAUCUGCAGGUACUCUUUGCUGGGGAGGCCACAAUGAAAAACCUGUAUGGAACAGUACAGGGGGCUUUGCUCUCUGGCUACAGGGAGGCAGAGAGGCUGUCUCUGCAUUAUGGAAGACCAGCACCUGCAUCAACUCCAUCUUCAUCUCCUCUGGCAACAUAACUGCACCUGCAUCAACUCCAUCUUCAUCUCCUCUGGCAUCAUAAUAACUCUUCCCAUUCCAAAGUUGGCUGUCCCAUGAGAC